UCGUAUGUAUACAUAUCUAGAGGAGUUUCCAGUCAAGCUUCUCCAUGAUUUACCUGCAGUGACAGGACAUGAAGUUGACAAAGUCAUGGUCAUUACUUUGGAAUAUGGAAAGAACUUUUCUGGUCCUGGCAGUGAUCCUUUCAGAACUAACCGGGCAAUCGGUGAUCCAAUAGCAGCUUAUCUUUCUAAUUUUCUGCAUCCCGUUGUGUAUUAUUAUGACAAGUUACCAUCAAAAGAAGAUUUCAUGACUUUGUCAGCGAAAUUUGACAUUUUGCCGAGACCAUUAAAAAUUCAUCACAUAGUAGAAGACUUUUUAACUUUAUUCACAGCCCCAAAUAGCCAUAUCUUGCCAUUACGCCGAUUUAUUGAGUCAUGUCUUGACACCGAUCUGCGUAAUUUCUAUGAUAUUCAGUGUUUUAGCGUAGCAAUGACUAGUCAAGAUUUACCGUGGAUGUGUCAGCAACAUGAUUAUCAACUCCAGAUGGGCUUGUCAGGAGAACGAACUGGAACAAUGAAUAAUGACCAAAGAGGGGAAUUAACAUUUGGGACAUAG